UUUUGUUCGCUACUAGAAGCUGGAGAACGGGCCCCCAAGUAGGAAAGAACGAUGCAUUCCUGGUCAGCACUCUUAACCCUCGGGUCCGCGGCAAUCGCGACCGCCCACGCCGGGCAUGAGCAGUCUCAGAAAAUAAUUUCGGGACCUCACAAAUCUUUGUGGUUUAAUACCCUUCCUGGGGAUGGCGGUACACAGGCCGAUUCCGUUUUCUCCGGCAUAUCUACCUUUGGCCGUCUCCCUUACCAGCCCUGUCUUCAGAACCCUGAUGCCAUCUACGACAUUGCUUUCAUCGGUGCUCCCUUCGACACCGGGACGUCGUAUCGUCCAGGCGCUCGCUUCGGUCCCUCGGGUAUCCGACAGGGCUCUCGGCGGUUGAAUCUCUAUGGAGGAUACAAUGUCCCCCUCAAGACAAACCCCUUCAACAGCUGGGCCACCGUCCUAGACUGCGGUGACAUUCCUGUUACGUCGUAUGACAAUACUUGGGCUCUUCAACAAAUCGAGGAAGGCCAUUUCAAGAUCCUCUCCCGCCCUCCUGCAACGGAUGCGGACAAGCGAGGACCUGCCAUCAAGGGCAAAACGCUGCCUAGAGUCAUCACGCUUGGCGGAGACCAUACCAUCACCCUUCCCUUGCUGCGAUCCAUCAAUCGCGCUUACGGCCCUGUCUCCGUCAUUCACUUUGACAGUCACCUGGACACCUGGAAGCCCAAGGUGUUUGGCGGAUCACCCUCUGAAGUCGCGGCCAUCAACCACGGCACCUACUUCUACCACGCCGCCAUGGAAGGCCUGCUUGCCAACGACACCAACAUCCACGCGGGGAUCCGCACCACCCUGAGCGGGCCCAGCGACUACGACAACGACGGCUACUGCGGCUUUGAGAUUGUCGAGGCCCGCGAGAUCGACACGAUUGGCACCGACGGCAUCAUCAAGAGGAUCGUGGACCGCAUCGGCACCAAGAGGCCCGUCUACCUCUCGAUCGAUAUUGACACGUUGGACCCGGCGUUUGCCCCGGCCACGGGCACCCCCGAGACAGGAGGCUGGUCGACCAGGGAACUCAGGACCAUUCUCCGCGGGUUGGAGAAUCUCAACUUGAUUGCAGCGGAUAUUGUCGAGGUCGCUCCUGCGUACGACACGAACGCCGAGCACACUACCAUGGCUGCAGCUGAUGUGCUCUAUGAGGUUAUGAGUAUCAUGGUGAAGAAGGGCCCCCUGAGUAAAAUGGUGGAGGGCAACGACGCGGAUGAUCUGUGA